CUGACCUUAAAGCUCGUUUGAUUCUGUACUCGGAGAACCAUUAGUUAAACCCCCCUUGUUAGUUAGGUGUGUCCUGGAGAUUUGAAACGGAGUUUGAACGCGCCACACGUGGAGACAAAUCCCACUGCUGCACUUUCCCACAGACGCGCAUUGCGCCGGAGUCCCACUGAGCGGCAAGGACCUUUCACACUUUAUUCAUCACAGGCUUAAGUGAGAGGAGUGUUGGGUUGGUUUAGUUGAUUUAGCACGCAGUGAUGUGAGAGAUCUGGAAAAUUAAAGUGUGUGUGGAAGUGGGUGCGCGUGGAGUAAGUCUCCUGAGCUCGUGCUUUCACUUUACAGCUUCGUGGUGCUGAAAAAAGAGCUAGAAGACGCAGAAGAAGGCGCACAUACAGUAACGACACAGAGGCUUUCAUUGCUACGUAUAUUACUUCAGCUGGACUUUUCUAAUUCCAGUUAGACAGUCUAAACAAGACAGUGUGUGUAAGUUUAAUACACACCUUAAUAAAUAUUAAAUAGCUCGUUUGCAUGAUGGAGCGUGUACCAGAGCGCAAAGAUAUGGACAAGUGUCUGAAACGUUUAAAUAAGGAACUGAUCUCCAUCCGGGAGACAGGCGAUGGUCUCCAGACUCAGAUGAACUCUAUGAUGGGAGCUUUGCAGGAGCUGAAACUUCUUAAGGUUCAGACUGCUCUGGAACAACUUCAGAUCUCCUGCAAGACCAGUCAGCUUUAUCAACACUCUCCUCACAGACCCACAACCUCAAAUACUGCAUUCAAACAUCAUCUGGAUCAUAUUUCAGAGCAGCCAAAAAAGCAUAUCUUUGCCGAAGAAUCAAGUCUGCCUGACCUAGAAAUGGAACGCUCUACAUUCCUCACCAGCACACCAUUUGAGAAACUGGUUCCACACCAUAUACCAAGAAGGCAGGAACCUAGAGGAACCCACCAUAGAGGAAGUCUGUGCAACUCUGCUUCUUUCACCAGCUCUGAGGAUGACAGUUUCUCUUCGUGUGAUUCUCGAGACAGUGUCCCUUCAAGCAACACUGCAAGCCAUUCAACCUCAAGAUCCCCUUCAGUGGAGCAUCAACCCUCAUUCCAUUCAGCCACAAUAGCUGAACUCCAAGGAUUAAUGAACACACUUUCACGGGAAGGCCCUUCUAUUGACAGUGAUUUUUCUCAAUUCGACACAGAAGACUCCAGCGACUGGACAUCCUCUCUGAUGAGUCAAAGCCGAAACAGGCAGCCAUUAGUGCUAGGAGACAAUGUCUUUGCUGAUUUAGUGGGUAACUGGCUGGACCUGCCCGAACUGGAGAGCCGUAUAUCUGGUGAGGCAGACAGCACAGGAAAGAUUGCUGAAGCAUCUCAGCAUCCACUACGACUCAGCUGCUCUCAGGAAUUCUGUAGACGACUAUCUCUAACCACCAGCAUUUUCAAAAAGGUCUUGCGCAGUAUUCGGCCUGACCGGGAAAAACGUCUAAAGGAAAGACCAGGAUGGUUACACACAGAAGAUGAGGAGGAAACCCUCUUUAAAAGAGCCAAGAAGAAGAAUAAAGCGUCCAAACCUAAAGAUAGUGUCUACAGACCCUUUUGGACAAGAGCUGGAGGAUUGAGAGGAAAAAGCAAACCAGACAAUAUGGAGAUCAAAAGUUCAAAAGGGCCAGUAUUUGAUUACAGCUCUGCAGUAUGGGUUUAAGCUAUUCAUAUAAGCACUGAUAAUCAUGUUUUAAAAAAAGAGGACUUGUUUAACAUAUAAGUGUGGAAUUACAGCAAGUUAUAAAAAGCAAAAUUAAGACAGUACUCAGGACCUUGUAAGGUAUUCAAUCAUGAACACAUACCCAGUGUGUAAAAGAGUGGGGGUUUGUUUAACUCUCUCUUUCUUGUUAUCAACCUUGUUGUUCUGAAAGCAAAGGUACCCAUUUGUUCUUCAGAAAAACUUUAGGUUCCCAAGGCAUGUAAUUACCAUUAUUAUACAUUCCUUUAACAUUGAAUCAUUCAUAUACACCACAUAUUGUGCUUUCAAGUAAGAAUAAUAUAUGCAGUGCUCUCAAACUUGUUUAAAUAAAGUGAGCACAUCAAGACUUUUUUGUUAAUGUCAUGUUGAGGAAAAACAAGCUGUCUAUUCCUGAUGAGUCAAAUUAACUAAUGUCAGUCUGCUCAUUGAUUGUCUGCCUGUUUAGAUUACUUUUAAGGUAGGACUGUCCAGUUGUCAUUCAAAAUCAAAUGCUGAAUACCCAGAAAAAUAAGCAUCUAAAAAUCUUUCAUAAGAAACCAAAAAUGUUUACAUACAGAACUGUAACUGUACAAUAAAUGAUAAAAUGUUUGUAACAUAUAAAUAUGUUGAUGUUCUGUAAAUGCACUUCUAUUGACGAUGUUCCAUGUACUGUAUGUUCUUCUUUUCUUAGAAACUCAUGUAUGGCAAACAUAAGAGCACACUGUCCCUGUUAACAUGCACAAUUAUGUACACAGCACAGUUAGGAUUAACUGAUCAAAUGAAAUAAUGUUGUAUAUCAAGUCAAAUAUUCACUCAGAACUAGGUAAUGUUUAUAUUGAACAUGUUUGAAAUCUGUUCACAUUUUGUGAAUGUCCAAGCUUUAAUAUGUACAUGUGUUUGUUUGGUUUUUUUUGCUCUAAUUAUUUUCUAGAAUGGCCAAAGAGCUUCUUUUGGACAAAU